CCUAACAGGUGACGUCAUUGAAAACGCUUCCUAUUGCACCAAAGUUUAAAUCAUAAAUAAAGGUAACAUUAUUUACUAGUGCAGCAAAACCACAGGCUACAUUGUUUAUCUUAAUAUCUUUAAUAAAAAUGGUCAGUGUUUUGAGCCCAAAACGUUUUGUCACGUACUUCUUACUGCUUCCGGGUUAAGCCUCUCCGUCGCUGGCAUGCUUGUUGGAUUUUUCAACCAAAAACAACAUAGUUUGGCUAAAGAGAAAAUAAAAUGAGCUCUCAGAAAGGAAAUGUAUCUCGCUCACGAGCUCAGAAGCAUCAAAACAGCACUGCCUUCAAAAACGACAAGUACGGAGCGACUGCACAGGUGAAGAAGGCGAAUUCAAAGAUCCAUGAUGGACUCUGUCAACACUGUAAGGGUGUUCUUGAGUGGAAAGUCAAGUACAACAAAUACAAGCCACUCACACAACCCAAAAAGUGCAUCAAGUGCUCUCAAAAGACAGUAAGGGAUGCAUAUCACGUUGUCUGUAAGCCCUGUUCGCUUCAGCUUGAGAUCUGUUGCAAGUGUGGGAAGAAAGAAGACAUCAUUAUUCCGUUGAACUCACACUUAGACAAGAAGGAACAAGAAGACGAAGAGAAAGAGAAAGGACUAAGGCGAGGGAAAGAAGAAGAGGAGGAUUUUGACUCUGAUGACAAUAAUAAUGAUGAUGAUGAUGAUUUUGACAACCUUGAGGAUGAACAAGAUGAUUUGGACAGAGACUUGAACCAGAAAAAUUCACCAAAAAAAUCUGAAAAUUUUCCAGACGUGUCUUUGCUAAAUGUUAAAGAUUAAUGUUUCUUUUUUUUCAAUAUUUAGACUGAAUGAGGUUUUUGUCAUGGCCUCUAACAAGCUGAGCAACACAUGAAAGAAAGAAGCUGGUUGUUGCAGGAAAACAGGCUGAAAUCUACAUUCAUCUUUUCAGUAUUUCCUUUUUUUAUUAAAACAUUGUUUAGUUUUGCUUACAUUUUCAAAUACCAAUGAAAUGGCAAAAACCUAUACAUUGAAAGACCCUGUUUCAUUUUGUAGUUUGAAAAUAACCAAAAAAAGAUUUUUUGCAAUUUAUAAUUAUAUCUUUUUCAACUUUCUGGCCACAGGAUUUUUUUUAGCAACCAGUUGUCUAUGAAAACAUUAUAAUACAAAGCUAAAACUUUUUUUCAGUAAUUCUUGCCUACAUUUGUCAUACAGUACCUUCUUUCCAUAAAACCUGUUUAUUGCCAUAUAACUUUCCUGUGAUUUUAUGUUAUAGGACAAUAAAAAUUAAUGCACAGUUGUGAAAUUGAAAGAAUGUGAUACAUGGUCUCCAGCAUCUUUUUGAAAUAAAAAGUGUGAAAAGUG